AUGCGACUUAAGCUGUUGUCCCGAGGAUUUACCUUGCUCCAAAAGGGCGUGAAUAGAAGCACCUAUCUUUCAGCAAGAGUUCUCGGUCUAAAUGAAUUUUUUGACGACCCAAAGAACUGGGGAGAGAUUAGCGUCAAAGCUGGCAGACCAUGGCGAGUGGACGAACUGCGCUGUAAAAAUUCCGCCGAUCUUCACUGCUUGUGGUACAUUCUCCUCAAGGAGAGAAAUAUGUUGAUGACAAUGGAGGAGGAGCACUGGCGGCGUCUUGAACGUAUGCCCAACCCGGAGCGCUUUGAAAAGGUUGAAGAGAGCAUGGAAAAUAUUUUGCAAGUGAUUGAGGAGCGCGACAAAGCCAUCUGUGAGUUAGAACGCGGUGAAUGGGUGGGUCCACGAGAGGUGGAUGGUGUAGACAAACUGGGUCGUCCAGUUCGACGACUGAGCGAGGAACAUCUAGAACCUCAGGCAAGCACAGACGCAGAAGAGGAAAUGUGGUCAGCAUGGACCCUCCGUUAUCUUCGUGCAGAACGCGAGAAAGAGAUACGCGACCGUCGGGAACGCGACAGAGCGGAAAGAUUUAAGAGCGAGUUCGAUCGACGAAAGCGCAUAUUCAAGAUAUCAGAUGUGGAUUCAUUUGAGCGUCGUCCGGCCCCAACUACGGCUCUGGCUGGGGGACAGAAUGACUAG